AUGAGGAAACCUUGCUGUGAGAAGAAAAAGACGAACAAAGGAGCAUGGUCCAAGCAAGAAGAUGAGAAGCUCAGUCAGUAUAUUCAAAAACACGGCGAAGGUAGCUGGCGCUCCAUACCACUGGCUGCAGGCUUGCAUCGGUGUGGAAAGAGUUGCAGACUGAGAUGGGUAAAUUAUCUAAGGCCAGACUUGAAACGUGGCAACUUUGGUGAGGAUGAAGAGGACCUCAUUAUCAAGCUCCAUGCCCUUCUUGGAAACAGGUGGUCAUUAAUUGCUGGAAGAUUGCCCGGACGGACUGACAAUGAAGUGAAGAAUUACUGGAACACUCAUCUAAAGAGAAAACUAAUACAGAUGGGAGUAGACCCAAAUAACCAUCGGAUAGGGCACAAUUUUGGCCACACUAAAUCAUUUGGCUCCAGGAUUAAUACAAAUGAUCAGCCAAGUGUAAAUUCUCACUCUGAUGAUCCAUUGUUAGAUUCUACAAGUGAACCCGAAAGCAACGCAGGCUGCAGUGUUUUGCCCGACCUCAAUCUUGAUCUCACUAUAGGCCUUCCAAUUUCAUUGGGAUAUUGAUAUUAGUCAAACAUUUUGUACAAGGCUUGGUUAUGAUUCUAUUAUUUUCUGCCACGCAUUGCUGGGAAAGAAUAUUGUCAUAGCUGAGGGCUAGAGACAAGGUGAAAUUAAUAGUUAAAAUAGAUAGCUU